AUGUGCACCAAAAAACAAUACAACUUCGCCCUCUGCGGCCACACCACCUGGUGCGAGUCGCACUGCGACACCAAGAUGGAGCGCGUGCUCGGGGACCCCACCAGCGAGGACUACCCGCCCCCCUGCGUGCCCGUCACCGAGAUCCUGGUGGGCGGCAAGGAGCCCACCAAGUUGGUGGGUAAGUGCGUUGCUUGUCGUCGGGCUGAGGCGAAGGCUGAGGAGAAGAAGGCGGAGGAGAAGAAGAAGAGGGCUGAGGAGAAGAAGGCCAAGAAGGAUGCUGAGGAGAAGGCCAAGAAGGAUGCUGAGGAGGCGAUCAGGAAUCUCCGCCGUCAUUCCGUUCUUGCCAUUGUUUCUGGCAAGGACUUUGCUAACGCUGUUAGUGGUAUUGGUGGUGCUUUCGGUGCCUCUGGUGCUGUUGGCGAGACUGGUGGUGCUGGUGCUGGUGGUGCUGGUGGUGCUGGUGGUACUGGUGGUGCUGGUGGUGCUGGUGCUGCUGCCGCUUCUGGCGCUGGUUACCCUGGUGCCGACGACAUUUUUGAGGACCUUGAGGUCUCCUCGAGUGAUGAGAGUGCUGCCGGUGCUCGCAUUGUUUUUCCCUUUGGUCGAGGAUGA